AUGAGAAUUGAUGAGAAAAAGCAGCUGAAAAAGACAGCACAGGCCAGCUCCAGGAAGGGUUGCAUGAGAGGUAAAGGAGGCCCUGAGAAUGCAAGUUGCACCUACAAAGGUGUGAGACAGAGAACUUGGGGGAAAUGGGUUGCUGAAAUCCGUGAACCCAACCGUGGUGCACGCCUUUGGCUUGGGACAUUUGAGACCUCUCAUGAGGCUGCUUUGGCUUAUGAUGCUGCUGCACGUAAGCUUUAUGGCUCAGAUGCCAAGCUCAAUCUACCAGAGCUCUCUGUGUCAAUGCAACCUCAGUGUCCACCAUCUUCUGUUACCAUUCCAAUGGAAAACAUGCAGCAGCCUCAAAUUCAAAACAACUUAGAAAUGGUCACUUAUCCUAGUUUCAACACCAAUCCUGCACUUUCCAUGGCUUCUCAACAAGUAGGAGUUGGACCAAUAUACACUAGUGACUCAGUUGUGUCUCUUCCCUUGGAUUCCAACCCUAAUCCUGUUGAAACUUAUCCAAAACCCAUGGAGAAUGAGGGGGAGUUCUGUCCCUCAUGGGGAACUAUGACCAACGAGGGUUUGCCAGUUUUAGAUGAGUCCAUUUGGGCUGAAGCUGCUAUGUCCCUAGAUUUUCCUAUGAUUCCAGAGGUUGAAAUUUACCCGACGGGAAACUUGGGAGAUGCGAGUCUGUGGGACUCUAUGCAAACUCCAUGGUGCAUGUAA